CUUGGCCGCUUCCCUCCCUCCCUCCCUCCUCCGAGGCUUGCCUUCAAGUCCUGCGCCUCCUGCCCUCGCCUUCCUUUCGCUUCCCUUCCUUGGCGGCUGGAGGAGCUGCGCUGCGUCCCAAGCGAGGGACAGAUUGUUGGGAGACAUCUGGUGCCCCCUGAAACUGGCCAGGAUGCUGAGGAAAACCCUGCGCAGCUUUGGGAAGAAGCUGAUCCGCCAGCGCACGGUGGACCUGGGCUUGCAGGAGACUAAGUUGGCCCGCUGCCUCUCCACUUUGGACCUGAUCGCUCUCGGCGUGGGCAGCACUCUGGGGGCCGGAGUCUACGUCUUGUCGGGAGAAGUGGCCAAAGACCAAGCCGGCCCUGCCAUUGUGAUCUGUUUCUUCAUCGCCGCUGUCUCUUCGGUCUUGGCUGGCUUGUGUUACGCCGAGUUCGGAGCCCGAGUCCCCAAGGCUGGCUCGGCUUAUCUGUACAGCUACGUGACCGUCGGGGAGAUCUGGGCUUUCACCACGGGAUGGAACCUCAUCCUUUCCUAUAUGAUAGGGACAGCAAGUGUGGCUCGCGCCUGGAGCUCCACUUUUGACCACAUCAUUGGAGGCCACAUCUCCAGGUUCUUCCAGAACCACACCUCCCUGCAUCUGGAAAAUGUCUUGGCUGAAUAUCCUGACUUCUUUUCCCUCUUCCUGGUUUUGCUGCUUACAGGGUUGUUGUCGUUUGGCGUCAGCGAAUCUGCCCUGGUGAACAAAAUCUUUACCGCCAUCAAUUUGCUGGUCCUCAGUUUUGUCAUCGUGGCCGGCUUCGUGAAGGGAGACGUCAACAACUGGAACUUGUCUAAGAACGAUUUUCAGAACAGCUCUCAUAAAUUCUUGGAGCAUGGGAACAGACCUGGACUCUUUGGGAAUGGCGGCUUUGUGCCCUUCGGCUUUCAGGGGAUUCUCUCAGGCGCUGCCACAUGCUUCUAUGCCUUUGUGGGAUUUGACUGCAUUGCAACAACAGGUGAAGAAGCCCGUAACCCUCAGCGGUCCAUCCCCAUUGGCAUCAUUGUCUCCCUACUCAUCUGCUUUGUGGCCUAUUUUGGAGUCUCGGCUUCCUUGACGCUGAUGGUGCCCUAUUUCCUGGUGAACAAGGAGAGUCCUCUGCCUGAUGCCUUCAAGUCAGUGGGGUGGGAGCCGGCCCGCUAUGUGGUGGCCAUUGGCUCGCUCUGUGCCCUUUCCACCAGCUUGCUGGGCUCCAUGUUCCCCAUGCCGCGCGUGAUCUACGCCAUGGCCGAGGAUGGGCUUCUCUUCCGGUUUCUGUUCCGGGUGCACAGCCGGACCAAGACUCCUUUGGUGGCCACUGUGGUGUCAGGAAUCAUUGCUGCCCUGAUGGCUUUCCUCUUUGAGCUGAAGGACCUGGUUAACCUCAUGUCGAUUGGCACUCUCUUGGCAUAUUCCUUGGUGGCUGUUUGUGUCCUCAUCCUCAGGUACCAGCCUGAGCUGUUUACCAACUCCAGAGACCUGGAGAUGUUGGAGGUGAACGGAAGCGAAGAAGAAAAGGUGAUCAUCAAUCGUGCGGCCACAGAGAGCCAAAUUGUGUUGAAGGAGAAGUUCAUCUGGAGGAACCUUUUCUGCCCGGAGGCAGACACCCCAACCCGCCUCUCGGGGCGCAUUGUCUAUAUCAGCAGCACCAUCAUUUCUAUCAUGAUCACUGCCUUGUGUGGCAUCCUGGCGCAGAAAGGGGUAGCUCUCAUGGAAGGCGAUGUCGGCUGCAUCAUAGCCUGUGUACUUCUCCUCAGCAUUUCGCUUCUCGGCACCAUUGUCAUCUGGAGGCAGCCACAAAGCAAGACACACCUCAGUUUCAAGGUGCCUGGCUUGCCACUUCUCCCAAUUUUCAGCAUCUUGGUGAAUGUCUAUCUCAUGAUGCAGCUGGACUCAGGCACUUGGAUCCGCUUUGCUGUCUGGAUGGCCAUAGGCUUUGCCAUCUAUUUUGGCUACGGGAUCCAGCACAGUGUGGAAGGACAGGUUGCCCGGCAGUCCACCAGCACCAAACCUCUGAAUAUCACUAGUUCUGACCAGAGUCAGGAUACAGCGAUAUGAGGAAGAAGACAAUCUUUCCCUACCCUCAUCAUCCACACAGAAUGGAUGCCCUUGAGUUAUUCACCCGCCACCUGCCUCCUCCCUGUGAAAAUGACAGGCAGAUGGCAGAAUCACAGGUAUACGGUCUCUAGUAAACUUGCGAGGGAGGCUACUCAUGCCGACACUGAGCAGGUGGUGGGUUAGACUCAAGGCCCCGACCUUAACCCCGCAGUCAAGGCUCACAAAGUCAAUGCAGGGUAUAACCCAGUCCCCCAGGCCUUGCUGGAGGGAAGCCAACAUCAGCCAGAAAAGCUGCCAAAACACCCCAAUGUCUGUAUUUAUUCUGUUUGGCCUUACUGGCCAGAGGUUGCCUUUCUUGUGUGUAGACAUAUGUGGAAGUGUCAGAUGCCUGUCCAAAAACGGUUCUGAAAACCCUGGGGCUAGAAGCCCUUUUUGUGCUUCUUUUUAAAAGGCAUUGUUUGUAUAUUGUUGUGAUAAUGUUGUGGUUUUUACGAUUAAAACUCCAAAGAACUUUUUAUUUUUAAAGACAGGAAGGAAAGAUUUUGAUAUGUCUGGCUCACUGCCUUCGUCUGUUGGCAGCUUGGUUUCUCACGGAACUCAUCUCUAAUUCAAUCUGGGGAAAUUAUUUUUCAGCAUGAGCUAAUAAUGUCACUGUCUCCAAGAGCUACAGAAUUGUUUCAGGGCUGGGGUAAAACCAACGUUGGUGGUUCAGUCCACUGUGAAGCCGGUGGGACAGUGGCUGGUUAGAGUCCUUGCUGCAGUUCAAUUUAGGGCAGAGCUCUAAAAAUGUCACCUCCCCUGACCGGCCUGUUAAUUUCUGAUACGGUAUUUUUAAAGGAUGCUUUGUGGUGCUUAAAACUGAGGACGUCCAUGCUUGAAAUCGAGCAUUCAGUGGCCUUGAUGUCUUGUCAGUUUU